AUGAAUACCACCCCAGACCAAAUCCUCGAUAUCAAUGACGCGCUGGUAUCCGACGAGAAUCCAGCACGUGAAAAUGGCACUCUCGACUAUGAGCGCUGCGCCAGACUGCAUAAUUACAUAGUGGCAUGUGGCUGGAUGGCCCACCAUGGACAAUACACACCUGACCUUGAUGCGAUAGCCAGCAGAAGGUGGUAUUCCGGAAUGGAUGAUGAACACAUACAAGCUACUCGCGAACGUCUGACUUCGCCGCUCAUCUCAUUCCUGGAUUUAAUCUAUGAAUCCGAGCAGGAAUUCUUCUACUGGGUUGAGGGUCUUUCGAUACAGAGCUGUGACGACAGUUUCCUCGCUGAAGAUAAUGAGCUGGAGGAUGAGGGAAAAUCUCGAUUUAUUGUGAUCUAUCUGACUCAUGUGGACUUUGGCUCGCAUUGCCUUGGUGUUGUCUAUGAUCAGCAGCUCCAUCGGGCUUCGUUCCCAAUGACUAUAGAAAACUGUGAAAGCGUGGAGCCUGUGGAUGAGCACGACGACCUGUGGUUCCCACUUGAGACCAUUCUCACUAAUUGGAUCCACAUGAUUGAUUUGGGUAAGGUUGUUCCCGGACUAUAUGUACCUGAUGGCAGUGAUUACCCCACCUCCAGAUCGCAAACUGGGCUGUGGUCAUGGCUUCCCUACUGCGAUGCCCAGGUUGAUAGCACUAUAGCUACCAUGGAACGUUACUCGGCUGCGGUCGAAUCUCGAAUGCCUCCUGAUUCGCUUUUGUCAAUCUCUGCACCGCUGUUUACCGAUGCAGACCUUGAUGCAGCCGCAGUUCCACAAGAUUGCUUCAUUCGCUCCCUCUUGACGCGAUUAAAGACUCCGCGGUUCAAGUUUAUUGCACCUGGUCUAGAAGUUCCGCACGAUAAGGAGGCUUUUGCACGGCGGCAAAAGUUUGCUCAUAUUCCCUCUGAAAAAGAUUCUAUCCCAGGAGUCCUAUUAUUUGCCGCUCCAGAUCGGACAGUGAAUCUCAAUCAUGAAAUUCGAUGGUUAUUCAACACCGCACAUGAGAAUUUCACUAUGAAUGACGGUGAUCCUGUUCCUACAGGACUCUACAGUGAACCUACAUGUCGAAGUAAUUCUGAUUCGGAGGAAGCAGGUUUCCGCCUCCUUCUUCCAUUUGCACUACGACCUGAUUAUAGUGAUCAAGCGGCGAGAACGAGCGAUGGUGGAUUGGUUGCCGCGGGCUCAUUCACUCAGCUCUUUCAACAUGGCUUCCACCCGUUCGGAGGUGAAUGGAGGUCGCAGAGAUUGGAGAGGCUUUUUCAACGUUGGACAGAGCUGAUUGAAGCUGGUGUAUGGAUAGUGGGUCCUGAAGGCGUGGAGGGAGGGAUUGAUAAAUUCAGAGAUGCAGAUAAUGGGAACGAUGCCUGGAUGGAUUAUUGUAUUGCACCGUACUGGUGA